AUGAUUAAUUCAACUAACAAUAACAAUUUACAUCAUCAUGAUCAUCGUAAUCAAUGGAUAAAGAAAACACCAAAACGACAACAAUUACCAUCGCCAUCAUUCAUAUUAAAAAAUCAACAUAUUCCAACAUUAUUUAUUACUGAUUCUCGAUCUAAUGAGCCAAAAGUCUAUACAUGUGAACAACAACAACAACAACAAGGACAAAUGUCUGUGAAAAAUCCGUUAGCAUGGACUAAAAAAUGGACUAAAUGGUUUUCAUCAUGUGGUUCAGAACGAAUAUCUCAUACUGAUUCGAAUUCAAAAAUACAAUCCAUUGGAAAACGUUCACGAGCCAAGUCUGAAAAUGACAUAUCGAAACGUGGCAGCCUUGAUCAGGAAGACAAAAAAAAAUUAUCAACAACUAAUUCAAGUUUUUCUAUUGGACAAAAUCCAAACGAAAAUCCAGAAAGUAAUCUAUCUCGUACAACAUCACAUCAACAACAUCAUCAUCAAUCGAACGAUAAAGUUAAUAAUCCACAUACAGUUAUUUAUCGUGAUAAUUCACGUCGUUAUUCAAAUCCAUUUUUUACUUCAGCACGUCUUAGUGGAGUUCGUACAUCAGUUGCUGCUAUACCAGCAUUAAAUACAUCUCAAAGAAAACAAUCUACACAUUUAAGUCAUUCUAUUGAUCGUUUACAUAAUAAACCACAACGUCGAGAAUUACGUUAUGAAGAACAUGAUGAUUACAUUCCACCACCACUUCAUUCAAUUCAAUGUCAUCCAACAAUAGAUCAUUAUAAAAAAAGUUUAAAUCAAUCAACAUAUUUCUCAUCAAAUCAUCGUCGUAGUCAGAUAGAAACAUAUCAAUUAUCAUCAUUAAAUAAUCGUUUAAUAUUACGAAGACCUUAUUCAUCUAAUAUACCUAUAUCACAUAGUAUUUCAAUCAUGUCGAAAACUUCAUCUGAUCAUGCAUAUGGAAAAUUAUCAGAAUGUCAUACACCAUUAGUUCCAUUAGAAAAUUCAUCUAUUAAAGCUCCACGUCGUAUUGAAUCAGCAUAUAGUCAAUUUCCCACACAACAAGAACCAAUCUAUGCUAAUACUCAAUCACUUUAUGAUAAUAUACUUUUUCCACAAUCAAUAUCAAAUGUAUCAAAUAAAACUUAUGAACAAGAAAAAAAAUCUUGUGCAUCACAAACACAAUUAACAUGGACAAUGGCAACAUUUUCAUCAUUUGUUGAUUUAGAAAAUCAAUCAAUUAUUAUUCCACAACCAGAUCCAAAUACACUUUAUUCAAUUGUACAACAUCAUCAUUCACCAUUAUCACCAUCAGUAUCACCAGAAACUAUUCAACAAACGAAAAGAAUGUCACCAGGAUUACAAUAUAUUGAUGAUACAAAUUCAACAUCAUAUUAUCAACGACCACGUAGUCCAAUAUCAUCAAAUGUAAUAAAAGAAAAACGUGAUGGUUCUAUUCAAACUCUUCUUACAAUAGCACCAACACAGGAUUUAGAAUUAAAUAAACAAUUAUUUAUUCACGAUCCUACUCCAUCACCAAAUUCAACCGGUUCAUUAGGAACAACUGGUCAACAACAACAUCAUCACCAUCAUCAUCAUCGAAGACAUAAAUCGCGUAGUAAUACAAGUACGAAUAAUAUCAGUACACGUGAUGUUGGUCUUCAAGUAAAUAUUCAAACAGUGAAAAAAAUAACAUUUUCAUCACAAAAAAGUGAUGAAUCAUCAAUAACAACGGGUGCAUCAUUACCAAUAAUAACAAAAACUCUUCCAGAAUUCAAAAAUGUUGAAACAAAUACUGAACCAUUAAUAACAAAACGUGAUAAAAGUACAUUAUAUGAACCAAAUAUUCAUUUAGUAACAUCAUCAUCUCAAACAUCAGAUGUUCCAAUAGUAUCAAAUAUAAAUCGUCAAACAAAAGCUGCUCAAACAUUAAAUAAAACAUUACGUGAUCAAUCAAUUGAAACAAAUAAUCGUGGUUUAUUUGUUUGUGAUCUUAGUUCAUUAUUAACAAAUGGUAUAGAUGAAUCAUCAUCAACAAAUUCAACUUCAUUAAAUACAAAACAAAAAUCAUAA